AUGGCCAGGAUGAUGUGCGGCCGCGCCGGCGAGCCGGCGGUGCGCAAGGGUCCGUGGACGCUGGAGGAGGACCUCAUCCUCGUCGGAUACAUCUCCCACCACGGGGAAGGCUCCUGGGACAACCUCGCACGCUCUGCUGGUCUGAACCGGAACGGGAAGAGCUGCAGGCUGCGGUGGCUCAACUACCUCAGGCCGGGGCUGCGGCGCGGCAGCAUCUCGCCGGAGGAGGACAUGCUCAUCCGGGAGCUCCACUCUAGGUUGGGGAACAAGUGGGCCGAGAUCGCCAAGCACCUCCCCGGCCGGACCGACAACGAGGUCAAGAACUACUGGAGGACCAGGGUACACAAGAAGGCGCCGCACCAGAACCAGCUUCGAGCGCAGCCGUGCCUUGCCACGAGCGAGGCGACAUCGUCUGUGUCGGCGUCGACGAGCCACGCCAGCUCCACCGUCGGAGACGAGUACACGCAGACGAGCUUCCCUUACCCCGACCAGAGCUGGGUCGCCGCCGACCACCACGAAACGGUCCAUGUGGGCGCGUCGGCGACGCGCUUCUUCCCGUCCGAGUUCGGCGGUAACUUUUGGAACGUCCAAGACAAUUUCUGGGAGACUCUCCCGCUUUCAGACCCAGUGUACGAAGCACUGUAGUAGACUCGUCCUCUUUAUUCUGCACUUCACUUGGAUGCAUGCUACUAGUACUACUACGUCUAUUUGACAGAGAAACGGCACUACGCGGACUUGAUCAAUUAUGCAUGGUGUAAGCAAGGCAGUAGGGUAUUAUACUAUUAUUUAC